AUUUCGAACUUUUCUACUUGAAACGAGUAACGAGUCAAAGGUCUUCAAAAUAAAAUGAGUAACGAAGAAAUUGAAUCGGCCUACACAAAUACGAUCGAACAGAUUCUGGAAUUGUCUGGAAACACUGCAGCCGCGUAUAUUCCAAUUCUUGGAGGAAAAUCGAUUGAAUUGGCGAUUUCAACCAUGGAAGAGUAUCUGGUGAUGUUGAAGAAUCUGAAAGAAGAAUACGAGAAAGAACCGACCCAUCUGUCAUCCGUUUCUCCAAGAGCGAAUGACUCAAUGCUUCUUCGUCGUAUUCAGCUUGCACAUACCUCGAAAUCUCGUCCUACGCUCCAGAGAACGUCUCCCGAAGUUGCAAGAUUCAUUGGUUCACCAAUGGAAAUUGAUAAUCUGGGAAUCUCGAGAAGUGAUACGAUUGCUGAGAAAUCAUCAUUCCUGGAUCCAACGAUGAUGAUGGAUAAGACAACGCACGAAAGAGGAUUCCUGGCUGAUGUUAGUGACAUGAAUGGUACAGUUCGUUCAAGACAGGCUAGUUUUCAUUUCAACUACACUUCACCAGUACCUGCUGAGAAAACACGACGUUCGUCUGGUAUUCAACACGCGAAUUCGACGAUUGAUUUUGAUGCAGAUGUUUCCUCAUUUUUCGAUUCAACUCAAAUUCACAGAAGAUCUCGUCAACAGGCAGGACGUGAGCCAUCUAUUGCGUUGAUAAAUGAUGGAUUGCGUACUCCGAUUACACUCAACAAUACGAUUCUUCUGUCCGAUUCUGAAACGACACCAACGAAUUUGCAAACGCUGUGGAAUGUGAAACUUCGUCCGGGCAGUAAUCGAAAGAUCGAUAAUGAAAUUCGCAAAGAAAUUCAGAGACAAUUGGCAUGUGAUCCUCAAUUGUGAGCUCGUGAACUCUAUUGAAAAAUUUUUCAAAUAAAUGCAUUAUUUUG